GGCUGAUUCAGUCAGUGUACCUGUGACUGGCGGUACGAGAAGGUCUGUCUCGUCUCGUCCCAGCAGCUCCUCGCCCUUUUGGAUUUGUAUUAUACGCAGCGCCUCCUCACCGCCCCCCCCCCCCCCCCCCCCAACCCCAAAAUCUCCAGUGCUAGAUGAGUCUUUCCCGUGAAUUCAAUGCUUCCUGACGCGCGGCUGUGCCACUGAGUUGAUUCGAGAAAGUGUGACGAAAAAAAAAGUGUAAAAUUUACUCAAAAUUCCAUUUUUUUGUGAGCGAGGCCUGGAGACUUCAAUCGGACAUGUGCAAGUGUUCCAUCCUUGUGUGUCUAGCCUGGGCGGCUUGCGCCGCCCUGGCACAGCAGGAGUACGACGUAGGGGAACCCAACGACGGGGAGGUCGUGUUCAACGGAGUGCGGGGCGCAGAUGUGGCCCUCCUUUUUGACAGCGACGAGGUCAUAGUGAACCCAGGGGACACCUUGAACCUCGACUGCGGGGUCCAGGGUGAUUUCAGAUCCUGCGUCUGGGAGGCCGCAAGUGGCACUUACCAGAUCGAAGAUGUGUACUCCAAUCUCUACUCAUGGAUGGGCAAACCAGCCGUGGAAGAGAACAACCAAUGUGGCAUCACCAUCAACUCAGCCAACAUAGAACACCAUGGGAUCUACUGUAAAGUGUACGUCAGAGGGAACUCUCUCGUCGGGAAAAAGAAAGUGGUUGUCACAAUCAAGCCAACCACCCCAGUCUUGGAGAUAGACCAACCCGGAGGAACCCUAGAAGUCUCCAAUGCCGAAGAAACGGAGGUGAAGUGUUCUGUGGCUGGGGCUAGGCCGGCUGCAGACAUACGUUGGUACCUGGGCGAUAAAGACGUAACAGUAUUUGCCGCGGCAGACCAGACUCCUAAUGGCGAAGAAGACAUGCACAAGACAGUAUCAACUUUGAGUCGCACAUUUGAACCGUCAGAAAAUGGACGUCUCCUCACUUGUACUGUCAUGCACCAAACGCUGUUGGUCCCAGAUAAUACCUCCAUCCCCAUCAGUGUUAUUUUUAAACCAAUUGAAAAACCUCUCAGUACAUACUACCAGAUAGUGCCAGGCAGUGAUUAUGAAGUAAAGCUCAAUUUCUCAGCGAACCCACCACCCACUCGGACUGAGUGGAGGUACGGAGAAGGCUUCCAGAAUCUGGCUACAUCCAUUCCAGUUCCAGGAGCUACUGACAGAUACACUACUAGUGUUGAAGAACUAGGCGACGGACAGUACACAGCCAAGCUACAUAUCUCGGGCUUCACCGAUGCAGAUGCCAACCAGCGGUAUGUUUUAUUCGUCGAAAACGGGCUAGGAGCGACACAGUACCAGGUUAAGCUUUCUAUGGACGAAGCUCCGUUAGAUGGUGACUCUGAAUAUCGCGACCAUGACAAAAUCCCACCCACAGAAUUUUCAGUGUCUGAAGGUAUUGUUUUCGAUGGUGAAAUGGAGUCAAAUGCUCUGAGCGGUGGAGCCGUCGCAGGAAUCGUCAUUGUGAUACUAAUAGUCGUCGUUGCAGUAGUUGCAGCGGGAUAUGCAAGAUAUCGUCAGAUGUUCUGCUUUGGACCCAAUCUGUUUGCAGAAAAGACAAGGCACUUUCUUCCAAACUUUGCCACCGAAUUCAUUAGGCUAUCUCCUGCUGCCGCAGCUGACCCAGAGGAGGGGAAGGAUAUCAAGGAGGAACACAGUGACACUGAAAGUGCAAGAGGGCCUAACACCACUCGCGCAGCUAAUAUAAAGAACAGUAUUGGGAAACUUACCCAAGUUUUCAAGAAGCCAAAGAAGGAUCAGGAAACCAAACUGGAAGAAGCAGAUGGCAGCGAGGAUAAAAAAUACGUAAAGGAAGAGACGAAGAAGGACAGUCCAAAGGAGGAACAGGGAAAUGACAAGGAGCUGCCUGGACAAACUCAGAUCCCUCCCGACACGCUGCAGAUUUACGCUAACUCUGAAUUUAAGUCUCCUGAGGUUCAGAAACAGCAAACUGAAGAAAAAAAAGAGAUCACUGUAUCUCGACCAAACAAUGAUCAAAAACCUCCAGAGCAGAAGAAUGAGGUAGUGUACGCAGAACUAGACCUGAGUAAAGGAGAAGGCGACAAGAAGUCGGAGGUGAAGUCCGAAGAAAAAACGGAAUACGCGCAAAUAAUCGGCACCGUCACCGACAACAGAGAAGAGGAGAAGAAGGAAUAAAGUUACAAAAUGAAUGUGGAGUACUUGCAAGAACAUCAUUUAAAUGUGUUAUAACAGUGUUUCAUAAGACCCUCUUCCCCCCCGUUUUUUCAUUGUAAUGUAACAUCAGUCGUCUGAAGCAUACUUAGAUAUUUUUAGGAUUUACAAUGCCAGUCAUGAAGUGAAAAUAUACCAAUGACAAUUCUGUAUGUAUACACAAUGUGUACAUUGUUUUUAAUGGCUACACAAAUUAUGAAGUCAGCUUUUAUGCGUAGCAAUUAGCAUGUUAGAGGGGUAUUUCUACCUUUACCGGGUGUUAAAAUGGAAUCAAUGAAACAUUAAAUGCCUGCAGUCCAGGGCAAAGUUUCUGGUAAAGAAAAUGAACCUGUUUAAUAAAUAUCUCGGACGCUGUGAUUCAUCAGCACAUGCUUGCUCAAGCACUUUCAAAAGCAUGUCGUCUUUGUUGGACCAGUCAACUCUUUUCAAUGUGCGGAGGUUGCUUUGCCUUUCCGACGUUUUCUUUUUUUUUUUCUUUUGUCGUUUGUUUAGUGUUUUUUUUACGGUGUUCAAUUUAAAUUCUGUAAAUGUUUUUCAGUCUCCCCCUGAAAACUAGGUGUUAAAAUAGAGUUCUAUGUUGCUUUCUUCAAGCAAAAUGAUGUGGUAAUUACUGUAAAUUAUGUUCCUCAAACAACACUUAUAAACAUAUUGAUUAUUAUCAUGUUCUCACCAAGUGUGGAUUUAUAAAAAGAAAGGAAACAUUCGCCACCUCACAAUUACCACAUCUUCAAACCGACUCCAAGGAGUCAUUGCCUUUUAAGACACAUUUUAGCCGUAAGUUACAUAUACAUAAAUUAGCGAGCGUUAAGGUACAAUGUUUUUCCUUUGUGAUCAUAAAAUUAGCAAGCAUUAAGGUACAAUGUUCUUCCUUUGUGAUCAUAUCUUGAUACAUUACAGAUAUCGAGCAUUACUGCAACAUAAGUCUCGAGGUCUUAUAGCAAAUGUGGACAGAGUUACGUCAAAUCAAGUCAUAAUGUUGAUAAGAUUUCAGUAGUGGUUGCUUAGCUCUCAUAAUUUCAUCCUCAAUACUUGAGUCCACACUACGUCGACAGACGUAAAGACAGGAUAAGAAAUGAAAUGGGUUUUUUUUGACGCUGUUAUGAUUUACUCCUCCUGGGCUUAAUGUUCAUCUUGGAAUGUCGACCCAAGAAGCCCCAGUAAAACGAAAGCUGUCAGUUUCACAAUGUUUAGGCACCAGCCUUUAACACUGGAAGAAGUUUUAAGUGAUUUUCAUAUCAUAAAAGUAUUUUUCUUAAAAAGACUACUUUAAGGAGGAGCGCCAUCCAUUUCUAGCAGAUGCGGAUAUUUUGCAGUCCAGCUCACAAAACGCUGGUGGUCGCUUUUGACGGCAAAAGACAAACAGCUCCUACCCACCAAAAUGUGCUUUAUAUUUGUACAGUCAACUUCUCUCGGACAUCAAAACUGCGAAGGCUUCGAUACGACUUUACGAAAAUAUAUACGUAUAUAUACUCGACAUAACAGUACUACUGCAAAAUACAUUAAGAAAUGCAAGUGCAUAACACCAACUGAAGGUGUCUGUCUCUCCGUGUUACUUUUUAAGACUGAAUGAGCUGUAAUUUAAUUUGUAUUAAAUCAUAGGGAAUUGACUAAUCCAUUCAAUAAGCUUAGAAAACUUGCAUUCUCAAACUGCUUCAUUUCUACAAUAAUUCUCACCGGUUCGAUCAUGUCGUACCCUCCAAAAAACAUAAUACAGUAAUAAUAAUUAGUUUUACCGCUGUAUUUAGGUGUACAACUCUCUUCUAAUUUUAGUGUUUGACCAUCUCGGGUGUUUCAAAAGCGCGCGAGUAAUCUUAAGACUGAUUUUUCUCAAGAUCUCAUUUACUCAAGAUACUUUGACUUCACAAUGGAAGUUAUUUUAUGCGGAGGGCCGUAACCUCACGUGUAAAAUUCCCUGGUCACAUUUUCCGUAGCUUAAUGGAGAGUCUGAAUUAUUUUUCAUAUAAAAAAUAAAUUACGUAGUAGACUUAAAUGUAUAGUAGCUUCUUAGUGUUAGCUCUCAGCUGGCAAAUGGUGUAAAUGUUAUAUUUUCAGUGUUCUUUUCAAUUAUACUUUCAUCGCAGUUUACGAGUGGAUGUAAAUUUAGGAUCAGCCUGUUGCCUUUUUUACUCUGGGCUUGAGAACUGCGUGACUGAUGACGUAGGAUUGAUUUCUGUACCUGAUAUAGAUGAUGUGUGUAAUGUUACUGUAAUGAUGCAACACCACUUGGACACGAAAACCAACCCACUUGACUGUAAGUUACUACUACGGGAAGUAAGGACACAAAACUGUGUCUGUACCACUUGAAUAGUACUACAGGAAGCACCACAGACACAAAACUGUCUGUGACCGACAACCAAACCACAGCACAUUCGUGCGGUUCACAUUUUCAUUUCCUCAAUUAACUACAGAUCUUUCAUCAUCGCUGAUUUGCUUCUGGUUGGGACGAUAGGCGUGUUGCUUAGACUACUUAACAAUUUAUACAGUCGUACAUAUGUUUUAGAGACGACAAGUAGCUGUAACUGUAUAACUUGUAUAUUGGUUGGCUGGAUCUAGGUGCACUAUUUAAAAAAAUAAAUAAAAAUAAAAUACUCUGAGUGAAUGCUUUUUUUAGCCAUUUUGACCAACAGAAUGUCAACUGUUGAGCUCAAAGCUCCUUUAUUUUUGCAAAAAAAAAAUUAUAUAAUAAUAAUAAUAAUAUAUUGAUAACGUAGCGAACUAUAUAUUAGGAGAGGAUCUUCCAGUUUCCGAUUGUGUUCAUCAGUCAACUACGUAAUGUCAGUGAUCGUCAUCUGUUCAUAUUUUUGUAAAUGCCACGCGAUCCGUGGUUACUCGAUUACACGUGGUCGGACAAAAUCCCGAGUGGGAUGCUGCUCUAGUAGUCCGUUUUUAGUCCUGUUGGUUAUGUACGUCAAGACCGCUCUCGAUGGUUAUACAGCACAACCCGGGGGAGGUUUCGAUUAUUAUGACGAUUUUAGCAUCAAAUAGUUCACCUGCAAUCCUUGAUAUAUAUACAUAAUAUAUAUAUAUCUUUGUAAAUAAACCCUCAUUGUCCACUUGCUUGACAAACACCUCUCUGUUUUAGUGUAAUUUUGUAUUGUUUGUCUACUCUGCAACAUGAUUUCCUGUGUA